AUGCCUGCCCUACGACCACGACUUCGUCGUUCUGCGCGACUACAGAUACAGUCUCAAAUCAUCUCCCCGCGACGUUGCAAGACCGGGCUGAAAUUUAUGGAGCCACCACCAGCUCCUCCUGCACGGGGAAAGGGAAAACGCGGCAGAGGAGGUAAAGAUAGAGCUACUACUUCUCCUACUAUUUCUAUCAGCUGGCAAGCGGUUCCCCAGUGGACCAAUAGGCUGGUUGACUACCUCGUUGGACACCCACCAGAUUGCCGCAUUCUGUUCACCAGUGAAAAGAAGAAUCCAGCCAACCGUGAAGCUGAGGGCCGCCCCUCAGGCAAAGACAAAAACAAAAUCCAUGCUGUCAUUGCAAGGGUUAUUUUCUCCGACGAUCCUCAAUACACGGUGCUCUACACGUCGAAUCCCAACAGGUUUCAGGACUCUGUAUAUAAUCGCAUCGUGGCCCUCCGCACUAAAUUUCGUGACAUUCGUGCUGAAUUUGAGUCAACGGUUGCAGGCAUCGUGCCCAUCAAUUCAGAGACAAGCGUGAAUUUGCAUCGUAAAUACGAGAAGGACUUUCCCUGGUACGAUCAGCUCUACUCUAUCUGGGGCUCCCAUCCAUCAUUCUCCACCAAAACGUCAUCGUCAAAGCCGGGCGUUGAUCACGCUGUAGAGACUCAUGCCUCUCAUUGUGCAAUAUGGCAGUUUUCACUGGGGAGUACAUGGCACGAACUUGUAGCAUCACUCUGUGUGCUACCCGCAGCUAUCUCUAUAUGA